AUGCACACACCUUCGUUAUUCUUGGCCUCCGUGGUCGUUCUUUCCUCUCUUGCCUCCGCAGAAGGGGAUCGACCAAAAUAUUACUUUCCACGAGAAGUCAAAAGACAAAUAUAUUCAAACAAUACCAUUACAAGCAAUACACCAGCUCAAACAUCGCAUACGACAGAUGAAUCUACAAUUACAUCUUCAUUCUCAUCCAUAAAAGAUCCAACAUCAGUUGAUGGAACUCAAGAUACUACGACAAAUAAGAGGGCAUCUUCAAGCAAUUCAUUCUUGGAUACUUUCUCAUCCAUACUUGGCUUAGGAGCGACAACUACGACAUCGAUACCUUCGUCCUCGAGUUUAGCUACGAGCAUUCCUACUGUUAUUCCUUCCAGUACCGCAUCUUUGAGUACGAUUGUCGUUAGUGAUAUAUCUUCAAAUGAUAUCACAACCAUUCUAGUCAUGAGUACUGUGACUUUAGGAACUGGAUCAGGUGAAGUUCCCGUGAUUCCACCAACGACAAGUGUGACUCCAACUUCGAUUUCACCCGUUGAAACAACUGCAUCGCCAAGUGCUCAAUCGACGGUGGAAAGUUCAGUUUUGAGUACUGAUUCGAGUUCUGAUGCUGGAUAUACUGGAGCAUCAACUGGAACCAGUCAAACCAUCGUUUCCGUACCUACGACCAGUGCCCCUGUACCCACGACUACCAGUUCUUCGAGCUCAAUUGUCCCUGUACCAACUAUUUCCAGCUCUUCGACUUCAAUUAUGGAUGGAAUUACAGGUGUUUCGACCGGAGUUGAAUCCAGUCUUCCACCCGUUGAAUCGACCACUUCACCCAGUUCGACUUUGAUUAGCUCAUCAGUACAGUCUGUGGAGACAAGUUCCAAUGCUGGUUUUUCCGGAGCAUCUACUGGUACAUCCCAAACUGUUGUAUCGGUUCCUACAAUCAUUAGUUCUUCUAGCUCAACCGUGGAUGGAAAUACUGGAGUACCAACUGUAGGAUCCAGUUCAAUCGUUUCUACACCAUCCUCUACUUCAAUUCUUGAAGGAAUAACUGGAGUAUCUAGCCCAUCAUCCACCAGUUCUUAUCUUCUUGUUGGAGUUUCAUCAGUUACUACAAAAUCGGCUGUUGAACCAAUUAGCAGUUCUAGUAGUGCUGAUAUUGAUAUUUCCCUUGGAUUAACUGGAGCUUCUACUGGUUUACCCACAACCACCAGUGCCACUAGCGUCUCUAGCGUCUCAAGCACGUCCGUUUCCGAAGAUUCUGGCGUUUCUGGACCAUCAACAGGUACACCUCCAAAAUCUAGUGAAACUAGCACUACCGAAACUUCAAUCCAAAGCACAAUUGCUGGAAUUUCUGGAGCAUCCACAGGCACUGUCCCAAGUUCUAUUCAAAGUAUUACUUCAGAGGCUUCAAUCCCAUCCUCGAGCUCAGUUGAGGGUAUUACUGGAGCAUCUACUGGAUCUGGGUUAUCAGUAACUGCGCCAGUUUCAGUUCCGACUUCAACCGAGACUCCAAUUCAAAGUUUAACUGUCUCAAGUGUUUCUGGAGUACCUACCGGUACAGCCCCAACCAUUAUUUCCAGUGCUGCUCAAUCGGAAUCUUCUGAAACCUCUGUAGCCACCACUGCCAAAUCUGGAUCUCCCAGUGAUGUUGCCGGAACUGGCUCAGCUCCAAGUACAACUGUAUCCCCAUCUUCAGUCGCAUCAGUAGAUAGUUCUUCAAGCUCCAAUCUUUUGGAACCGAUUGUCGCUUCAACAGGUUUAAUUCCAAUCAGUAUUAUCCUUCCUACCACAACUUCUGGAUUCGAUUCUCAAAGUACAUUGGUAACUUCAGCUACUGCUUCUUCAUCGGCUAGUGGAAUUACUUUUGGACCAGGUGGAGUUCUAUCCGGCUCAAGUACUAUCACUGAAAGUCCUUCGGAUACAAAUACUUCCCCAGUAUCUGUUCCAACUGAUUCAUCAUCUGGUCUUUUAGGAGUUAUUGGCACUGGAUUAACUAGUUUGGUUGGUGGUGUAACAUCAGAUCUGGGAACUGCAGUCUCUCAAGUAACCAGUGCUAUUUUACCAACAGAAUCAUCAGCCUCAAGUUCAAGUGCUGGAAUUUCUGGACCUGCUACAGGUGUUUCUUCUGAAACUACUUUGGCUGGUGUUACUGGUCCAUCUACUGCUGCCUCGGAUAUCUCAGGAUCAAACACCGCUACUAUAGAUAGUUCAGUACCUACAACUGUUGCUGGAAUUACUGGAAUAUCUACUGGUGUCUCAGCACCUUCAAACACAGUUUCUGGAAUUACUGGAGCCUCAACAGGAACUGCUCCAAUUUACAGUUCAGGUGAUCUACUCUCAUCCUUGGUUGGUGGCGUGUCUUCUUUGGUAUCUUCUGCUACAUCAGAUAUUCUUCCAACUUCUUUGAUUUCCCUUACGGAUUCUGUCGCUUCGGCUUUGGCCUCCUCGGCAGGUAUUAUUGGAGCUACUACAGGUGUACCCGCCACAGGAUUGAGUGCUACAGCUACUCCUACUUCCGCUGGAAUUACUGGACCUGCAACUGGUGUUUCUAGUGGAUCUGCAUCUACUACAGCCCCAGCUGGUUUACUAUCAUCUCUUCUAUCUGGAGUAACUUCUAAUGUUGGAUCCCUCACAUCUGAUUUACUUACAAGUACUGCAUCGGCUACCGGACCAGAAGUUACAGGUACUAUGAGCAGUACUAAUGCUUCAAAUACUGCUUCCGCUACAGAUUUGAUUUCAUCCCUUGUAUCUGGAGUUACUUCCGAUUUGAGUUCCGUCUUAGCAUCUGAGACCUCGAAUUCAUUACCAACUACUACCGCUACUGAUUUGAGUGCCUCUGCAUCAUCUGCAGGAAUUACCGGUCCAGUUACAGGAAUUAGCUCUACUGAAUCCCUUGCCCCAACAUCAACUGGUCUUCUUUCAGGUAUUACUUCUCUUCUCGGAUCAGUAACUUCGGAUAUUGGCUCGGCCACUUCAGUUUUAUCUUCGGAGCUUUCUUCUGCUACUUCCAAUGUAACCUCUGAAAUUGGACCAAUCACAUCAAAUAUAUCUAGUGUCCCAAGUUCAACAAUUCUAAGCGGAACAGAUGUGUCUGCCUCUGGUACAAUAACUUCAGAAAGUCCAUCACCCACAGGAUUAUUAUCCUCCGUCAUUUCUGGUGUUACUUCUAUCAUUGGUUCUUCCACAGAUCUCUCUUCCACUGCAGCUAGUACUACUACUCCAUCUUCCUCCAGUUCUACUCCAUUGGGAAGUAUAAUAUCGAGUAUUUUUGGCUCUAGCACUGCCAGUGAAUUAUCUGCUACGAUUACUAGUGAUAUAUCAACUGCAACUGGUGCUCCAAAUGCUACAGCUAUUACUUCUGGAACAGAUAUUGUAUCAAGUACUUCCAUCAGCCUUGGAUCUUCCUCUAUAAUUUCAGGAACUGUUCUCCCAACCACUGCCAGUGGAAAUGAGACCUCGAUUGCAGUAUCUACGACUGGCCUUUCCACCAGCAUUCAAACCGGAACUGUUACCACAUCCAGUUCAGGAACAGGAAUUAUUACUUCAUCGACUUCCUCCGCAAAUUCUGUAACCAGUGGAUCAGCAAAUGUCACGGAUACCUCAAUUUCUGCUUCCUCCGUUUCUGCCUCAAGUCUUUCAAGUAUUGCAACAUCAGUUUCUGCCACAACAACUCCAAAUACAACGGCAACUGAUGUUUCCUCAACUGCGGCCUCAUCAGCAACUGUUACAUCUGGAAGUUCCGCUACUACUGCACCAAUUACUUCCGUUCCAUCGACGACUAUUACUCCAUCAACAAUUGCUUCCCCCACUCAAGAAAGUACUACGUCAGUUGUUAUGACUCAAACGGCUAGUGAAACAACAGCUCCUCUCACGAUCUACCCAACAGCUACAAACAAUGCUACAUCAAUGUGGCUUCCACAAACUAUCAUUGUUCAAUCUUCAUCUACCAAUCAAGUUACUCAUACCAAUACUGCACUUGCCACCACUUUACCAAAGGUCAUUACACCCAGUGGAUCUAUUCCAACCAGUCCAGAAAAUUCUACCUUGAUUCAACUUGGUUUCCUUUUCCAACUCAAUUAUGCAUUUGUUGUUGCCAACCCGCUUUCAUCAGCACAAAUCUUCCAAUACCUUCCAAUAGGUAUCGCAAAUGGAUUAGGUAUUAAGCAAGAACAAGUUGUUAUGCACAGUCUAAUUCCAUAUAAUACACAAUCUCAAUUGGAAUACAUUACAACUUUGGCACUCGCUUAUAUUCCAACCAACUUGGUCAGCACAUUGGAACUUGAUUUACAUACACCUACAGCAGCUAUCUAUAACAAUGCAGAUACUUCAGUUAGCACACUUGUUAGCUAUAUCAAUCCUUCUAUUCCUUUAACACCUGGAUCAACUCUUGAAGGUGGUUCUGGAACGGGUACUGAUAGUUCCGGAUCAGCAGCAACUACUAGUGCUUCAGGCAAUAGUGGUGUCUUCAAUACUGAUGCUCAAAAUACCUCACCAAAGGUUAAGAGUACCACAGCAGGGAUCAUUGUUGGAGCAGCAGGUGCAGCAGCUGCCUAUGGUGCUGCCAUGUUCUUCAUUGCUAGAAGAUAUAAGAAACGUAAGCUUAGUCAUCGUCGAUCGAAUUCUAUCAUGAAUGCAUCAGAAAUGAGACAAUCUGGUGCUUUCACUGGUGGUGCAUUCAUGUCUGGUGGACGUUUAACACCUGGUGUUGGAGGAACCGAUAGAAAUAGUGGAGGAAGUGGAAGAAGUGCAGGACAUUCAGCACGUACACAACAAAUCUCGGCACCCAUGAUGGCAGAGAAUUCGUUGGGAUGGAAUUGA